AUUGAACCCAAAAGUGCAUUAAUAAGGGGAAGGGUUCAAUCAAUUUACUUGGAUCAUCUUUUUUUUUUAUUCCUAAAAACUCCACGAAAAGUAUUCACCAAAAAAAAAAAAACUCACCAAAAGAAGCAUAUCUGUUUUCUUCUCCUUCCUUUUUCGGGCGAUUUUGUUUCGACGGCAUUUUCUUUGACAGCAAACACACAGGCAAAAUAAGUCACACUCGUAUGCUGUUGUUUUCCAGUAAACUUAAUUCUCUAACAGAACAAGUUUCGAGAUUUAAUAUUGACGACGAUAUGGGCCUUGGAGGAGGCAGUGAAACCUUGGAAUGCAACUGUGGUAUGCCUCUUUGCAUCUGUGUUGUUGCUCCUUCCAAACCUACCAUUAAACCAAACCCACCCGCUACCAUUGCUCUUGUGGCUCUUCCUCAGUCAAAGUCAGAGCCUUCAGCAAAAAGUAAAGGUUCCACUUCCAGCAGCAAUUCUAGGUCAGCUCUGAAUCCUGGACAAGACAUCCCCCAAAGAGACUAUGAAGCCAGUGGGGAGGGAUUAAGGGAAGCAAUUAAGAAUGGCGACACUGCAGGUGUGAAAAAGAUUCUAAAAGAGGGCGUAGAUGCAAAUUACCGUGACAAGCAGGGAAUGUCAGUGCUUCAUUUGGCUGUCCUAUUCAACCAAACUAAUAUUGCGUUGAUUUUGAUGGAUCAUGGAGCAAGCCUCGAGUACAAAAAUGCACAAGGAGAAACACCGCUAGAUUGUGCUCCCGCAACGCUGCAAUACAAGAUGCGGGAAAAGAUGAAGUCCACUUAACAGCAGACCUCAUACAGAGGUACAUAUCAUUCCUCGAAGCUUUUAACCUAUGAGGGGAAGAUUUGUAAUGGAAAAAUCAGGAGCUCACUUGUAACUUUAGUUGCAUUCUGUGUGCAAUUUUUUUUUAUGUUAUGUGAUCUUUGAACCAUCUUCUUAUUCCACUAUGACAUACAAACUCACCUUUUAUUGCAGCUACAAAUAUCCACUUGCUUUUGCAUCCAAA